AUGUAUUGUCUUCAUUUUGGAAAAUUCUACGUCCGCGCUUGGGAUGCUUUUACAAAGCAAUCUCUGAAAACGAAGCGAUAUUUUGAUCAAAUUGAAAAGGGCGAAAUUGAAGAUUAUAAUGCCUUGCUUUCGAAAGAAGAUGCUGAUGCAAUUUAUCGACUGCCGAGAGUUAUUGCGAUAAAGAUUUUCAGCUUUUUGAAUAUUGAAGAAAUCAGUAUUUGUAGAGCGGUUUCAAGGGAAUGGAAUAUUAUCACACAAGCGCCCUCACUUUGGUCAACAAUCGACUAUUCCGUCUGCCGCCAUCAAGUUUCCGACUACGCGGCAAAACGACAUGCUGAAAUUGCCCGACUUUAUCUCUCCAAGCUCAUUCUCAGCUCUACCAUCCUGGAAACAUCGACUUACCGGGCAUUCGCAAUGUGUCGAAAUGUCCAGCAUCUGAAUCUCUCUGGCUGUCGGUUUUUGACGGACGAGCAGGCGGUCAUCUUAUUGGAUGGUUUUCGGGCGUUGUUGACUCUGGAUUUAUCGAAAACUUCAAUAAGUGACACUACUAUCAGGGCCCUGUCAAAGUACGGCACGAAUUUGCAAGUGUUGAGUUUGGCAUACUGUACGAAUUUUACGACAAAGGGCUUGCUGUAUCUAUCCGGAGGGGAGGGAUGCAGAAUGCUCAAGUUUUUGGACAUGAGUGGUUGUCUUCAAAUCUCAACCCAAGGAUUCGCCGCCCUCGCCUCUCUUCUCAAUUAUCUCAAGUCCUUGAUUCUCAAUGAUUUGUACUCAUUGGAAGAUGAAGCUGUUCAAGUGCUUUCGAUUUUGCGCGAAACUUUCUUCCGUUUCAAUAAAAACUGUCCUCAAAUCGGCGAUGAUCUUCUGAGGACAUUUGGUGGACUAAGAUCGUUGCGAGACAUAGAUCUUUCCUGCUGCCCCUGCAUCACUGAUGCUGGAGUUCGUCACUUGGUUGAUGGCCCGUCUGGUGGUCAUCUGACUCAUUUGAAUCUCAGUUCGAUAAACUCGCUCACGGAUGUUGCGCUUUACAGAAUUACUUCGAAAUGCCACAAACUAAUCUUUCUGGACAUGAGUUACAACGAGCGAAUCACCGACUCUGGCUUCGAGCUUCUAUCAAGUCUUCACAAGCUUCAAGAGUUCAAAUGUCGCGGCUCAGUCAUCGGAAGUCAUGGAGCUUCAGUGAUCGGAAAAAUCAGAUCGAUCAGAAAACUCGACUUUGCGGAAUGUCAACGAUUGGAGGACUUAGAAAAGAUAACGAAAAAUUUCAAUCCGGAUUUGACGCAUUUGAAUUUCUCGAUUAUCCGAGGACUCACGAACAAUGGAAUAAAACAUCUGGCUUUCAAUUGCCGAAACUUGGAAUCAAUCCGAAUCGCCGGCUGCCCAGAACUGACUGAUGUAGCGAUUCAAUACAUUGCUGGCGUUUGCCGAUUUCUGAAGCACAUCGACGUCUCUGGCCUCCCCCAUGUCUCUGAUAGAUCCGUCAAAUAUCUGAAAAAAGGAUGCAGAAACAUGAAUCAUCUCCAGGCAAAAUACUCAAGCUCAAUAACGAAGGAGGCGAUUGAAAAAGCGAAAAAAUGGUUUGCAAACGUCGAAUUUUGCUCGAAUGAUCCUCCUCUUUGGUGGCAAGAAGCAUAUGAACGAAUCGAUCGAAUUCUAGAGCCUCCAGAAGGGUGGCCAGCCGCAGAUCUUGACCCAGUUUCAAAAUCUGUCAACGCUAUUCGCCAACUUGAUAGUGAGUUGAAGGGUUCAAACAGACCUCAAACAACAACAGGAGCAAUAAUAGAUAAAAAUGCAAAAGCAAAGGAGCUUCAAGAGCUUAGAUUUUCCAUCGCCGAUUCGCCGCAGUUCUGCCUCGGUCAAUAUCGAAAUCUCAAACGAGCGCACAGAAAGCCAAAACGAGUUCAAAAACAACUUCGACCAGUUACUGCUCCCACUUCGCCCUUGCCACCGAUUUCUCGCCCAAGAUCGCAAAUGAGCAUGUAG